UCGCUGUCCUUACCUUCUGCAGGAGCCUGCGCCUCAGUGUCCCCGCCCGCUUGCCCUCCGCUCUGUCUUGCACCUACCCACUACCCACUUGCCGCCCACCAUGGCCCUGCUGCACUCCGGUCGCGCCCUCUCCGGGAUCGCCGCCGCCUUCCACCCAGGCUUGGCCGCCGCAGCCUCUGCCAGAGCCAGUUUCUCAGAGCCGUACACUGGACCAAAUGCUGGCGAUGCGGCGGUGAACAAGACCGAAGGAAGGACAGACGCAGAGGCCCAGAUUGCUGCAAAAAAUUUGGACAAGGAAUACCUGCCCAUUGGGGGACUGGCUGAAUUUUGUAAGGCAUCUGCAGAACUAGCCCUGGGUGAGAACAGUGAAGUGUUGAAAAGUGGCCGGUUUGUCACUGUGCAGACCAUUUCUGGAACUGGGGCCUUAAGGAUCGGAGCCAGUUUUCUGCAAAGAUUUUUUAAGUUCAGCCGAGAUGUCUUUCUGCCCAAACCAUCCUGGGGAAAUCACACACCCAUCUUCAGGGAUGCUGGCAUGCAGCUACAAGGUUAUCGAUACUAUGACCCAAAAACUUGUGGUUUUAACUUCACAGGCGCUAUAGAGGACAUUUCAAAAAUGCCAGAGCAAAGUGUUAUUCUCCUGCAUGCCUGUGCUCACAAUCCCACAGGAGUGGACCCUCGUCCAGAGCAGUGGAAGGAAAUAGCAACAGUGGUGAAGAAAAAGAAUCUCUUUGCAUUCUUUGACAUGGCCUACCAAGGCUUUGCCAGUGGGGAUGGCGACAAGGAUGCCUGGGCCGUGCGCCACUUCAUCGAACAGGGCAUUAACAUUUGUCUCUGCCAAUCGUAUGCCAAGAACAUGGGCUUAUAUGGUGAGCGUGUGGGAGCCUUCACUAUGAUCUGCAAAGAUGCGGAUGAAGCCAAAAGGGUAGAGUCACAGUUGAAGAUCUUGAUCCGUCCCAUGUAUUCCAACCCUAAACGCUAUCAACUCUGGCUUACCUGUCAGUGCAUAGCCAGCAGAAUCUGCAUCUUGGGGUUUCCUUACAGGUUGCAUGAAGUGAAAGGCAUGGCCGACCGCAUCAUUGGCAUGCGGACUCAGCUGGUCUCCAACCUCAAGAAGGAGGGCUCCUCCCAAAACUGGCAACACAUCACUGAUCAGAUUGGCAUGUUUUGCUUCACAGGGCUAAAGCCUGAACAGGUGGAACGGCUGAUCAAGGAGUUCUCCAUCUACAUGACAAAGGAUGGCCGCAUCUCUGUGGCGGGGGUCACCUCAGGCAACGUAGGCUACCUUGCCCACGCCAUCCAUCAGGUCACCAAGUAAUUUCCUGGUGCAAGGGAACAGAGACAACCUGUCUUCAGCCUCUGCUAUUGUGAGAUUCACACAGAGGAUGAGGGAGGGUGGAUGGUGGUGAAUGGAUCAUCUCUUCAACCACAGUGCAUAACACUCAGUGAUCGAACGUCUUUCUCAGAAAAGAACUUGUAGUAAAAUAGGGCAGAGGCAUCCCUGGCUGGUGUCUGGAACUUUUAACUGUAAACCAAACUUUCCUCCAUCCUUUUAUCUCCAUCUUUUCCAAAGGAGUUUACAUGUGCAAGAAAAUCUCAGCACCAAAAAACCUGUCAGUCACGGCACUGCAAUAUUUCAAAAGCUUUAACUGAAGCAUCUUACGUGUUCAGUGUUCCUUAUGAGAAACAGCACAUACUAGAAGCUUUGAGAGAAGACCUAGUUCUCAUUAACAGUCGACCUCAUGUUUGUCCUUCCAUGAUGGAGCCACCAUAUCAACAGACCAAAUUACAGAAACUGUUUUAUGAAAACCAGUGAGUCUGCCGUCACUGCAGCAAGGAAAAUAAAAGAUGCUUUUUCCUGUCCUAUUUAAGAAAAAGAAAAAGAAGGCUCUUUCUUCUCCCUUAUCAUUGCUGUUCUUUAACUAGCCUAGAGUUUUCAUCCCAUUCUGCUACUUGGUUGACCAUCAACUGCAUCCUAUCAGGAUUUAUUUAAGAAUGAAGAACAUCAUUUUCUGCUCAUGCCAUACCCUCGCCUUUCUUGGCAAAGACUAGUAGAGUAGGUAACUGCAUUUUAUUUCAGCAUCCUCUUCAGUGAUUGUGUAAUUGUCCCCUGUCAGGAUGUUUCCUCUGCCCAGUUGGACCUCUCCCUUCAUUCAGUGUGGUAGUGCAGUCACUCAUGUCACAUCACGAGUCAGGCAAUGCAAGGUAGUUCCAGGAAAGAGGAUUUCUGGGCUUGUGUGCUGCCAGCAGGCUCAGGCCUCACCCCUUGGAAAGAUCCACCAUCUGCUCUAAUCAUGUAGAUUUAUUGCAGCCUGGUUUCUCUGUUACAAUAAAAUUACUGUAGACCCAG